CGGCGGGAAGAUGGCGGCGGGGGGAGGCCUGGAACGGAGCUUCGUGGAGCUAAGUGGAGCUGAGCGCGAAAGGCCGAGGCAUUUUCGGGAAUUCACAGUCAGCGGCGUUGGGACUGUAAAUGCUGUGACUGGCGCUGUGAAAUACAGUGAGAGCGCGGGAGGCUUCUACUAUGUGGAAAGUGGCAAGUUGUUCUCCAUUACCAGAAACAGGUUCAUUCAUUGGAAGACCUCCGGAGAUACAUUGGAGCUGGUAGAGGAGUCACUGGACAUAAAUCUGUUGAAUAAUGCAGUCCGCCUAAAAUUCCAAAAUUGCAGCAUCUUACCUGGAGGUGUUUAUGUCUCUGAGACUCAGAAUCAUGUGAUAAUCUUGAUAUUAACCAAUCUAACAGUGCACAGGUUACUUUUACCACACCCUUCCCGGAUGUAUAGGAGUGAGUUGGUAACUGAAAAUCAGAUGCAGUCAGUAUUCACUGACAUUGGAAAAGUUGAUUUCAGGGAUCCUUGCAACUAUCAAUUAAUUCCAACAGUACCCGGAAUAUCCCCUAAUUCCACCACGUCGGCAGCCUGGCUUAGCAGUGAUGGGGAGGCUCUGUUUGCUCUGCCAUCUGCUUCUGGGGGGAUCUUUGUUCUUAAGCUACCUCCUUAUGACAUACCUGGGAUGGUGUCAUUGGUGGAACUGAAACAGAGUUCAGUAAUGCAGAGAUUGCUUAUAGGCUGGAUGCCAACAGCUAUCAGGGGCGAUCAAGGGCCUUCAGAUCGUCCCCUCAGUCUUGCUGUUCAUUGUGUCGAGCAUGAUGCCUUUAUCUUUGCUCUGUGUCAGGAUCAUAAGCUACGAAUGUGGUCUUACAAGGACCAAAUGUGCCUGAUGGUAGCUGACAUGCUAGAGUAUGUACCUGUGAAUAAAGACCUUCGGCUCACUGCUGGAACUGGACACAAAUUACGACUUGCUUAUUCCCCUUCCAUGGGACUCUACUUAGGGAUAUACAUGCAUGCACCAAAACGAGGACAGUUCUGCAUUUUCCAAUUGGUGAGCACUGAGAAUAACCGCUAUAGUCUAGAUCACAUUUCCUCACUAUUCACUUCUCAGGAGACACUAAUUGAUUUUGCCUUAACCUCCACGGAUAUCUGGGCCCUGUGGCAUGAUGCUGAGAACCAAACGAUUGUGAAAUACAUCAACUUUGAGCAUAAUGUUGCAGGGCAGUGGAAUCCAGUUUUUAUGCAGCCUCUGCCAGAAGAAGAGAUUGUCAUCAGAGAUGAUCAAGACCCCAGAGAGAUGUAUUUGCAGAGUCUUUUUACACCAGGACGAUUCACAAAUGCAGCUUUAUGUAAAGCUUUACAGAUUUUCUGCCGAGGAACUGAGAGGAAUUUGGAUCUUUCCUGGAGUGAACUAAAGAAAGAAGUUACGUUAGCUGUUGAAAGUGAGCUUCAAGGAAGUGUAACGGAGUAUGAAUUCUCCCAGGAGGAGUUUCGAAACUUACAGCAGGAAUUCUGGUGCAAGUUCUAUGCCUGUUGUCUUCAAUAUCAAGAGGCCCUCUCUCAUCCUCUUGCCCUACACUUGAAUCCACACACAAACAUGGUGUGCCUGCUGAAAAAAGUAAGGAAAGAAAACGUGAUGGAAGAUAUUUGUAGUAAACUGCAAGAGAUUAGGAACCCAAUCCAUGCCAUUGGACUUCUUAUACGGGAAAUGGAUUAUGAAACCGAAGUGGAAAUGGAAAAGGGAUUCAAUCCAGCGCAGCCUUUGAAUGUUCGACUGAAUCUUUCCCAGCUGUAUGGUAGUAGCACAGCAGGGUAUGUUGUAUGCAGAAGUGUAUGUAAAAUUGCCAGCACUCGCUUCCUGAUCUGCCGAGACCUCUUGAUCUUACAGCAGCUGUUAAUGAGGCUAGGAGAUGCAGUGAUUUUGGGAGCCGGUCAGCUCUUUCAAGCUCAGCAAGACCUACUACAUCGGACAGCUCCCCUGCUCUUAUCUUACUACCUCAUUAAGUGGGGAAGUCAGUGCUUGGCAACUGAUGUUCCACUUGACACACUGGAGUCUAAUCUCCAACACUUAUCAGUAUUGGAACUAACAGACUCUGGUGCUCUAAUGGCAAAUAAGUUUGUAUCUAGCCCACAGACAAUCGUGGAGUUAUUCUUCCAAGAAGUUGCAAGAAAACACAUUAUAUCUCAUCUGUUCUCUCAACCAAAGGCACCUCUGAGCCAAACUGGAUUGUACUGGCCUGAAAUGAUUACUGCAGUUACCAAUUAUUUAUUGCAACUUUUAUGGCCUAGCAAUCCCGGUUGUCUCUUUCUAGAAUGUUUGAUGGGGAAUUGUCAGUAUGUACAAUUGCAGGCUCUGGAAUGUUUCAGUCAAGCAGCAUCUGAAGUAGGCAAAGAGGAAUUCUUAGAUCGCUUGAUCCGCUCAGAGGAUGGGGAGAUUGUGUCCACCCCCAGGCUGCAGUAUUAUGACAAGGUUUUACGUCUACUAGAUGUUGUCGGUUUGCCUGAACUGGUUAUUCAGUUGGCUACCUUAGCAAUAACUGAAGCAGGUGAUGACUGGAAAAGUCAGGCUACUUUAAGGACAUGCAUUUUCAAACAUCAUUUGGAUUUGGGUCACAAUAGCCAAGCAUAUGAAGCCUUAACCCAAAUUCCUGAUUCCAGCAGGCAAUUAGAUUGUUUACGGCAGCUGGUGGUAGUUCUUUGUGAACGGUCACAGCUACAGGAUCUUGUAGAGUUUCCCUAUGUGAAUCUGCAUAAUGAGGUUGUGGGAAUAAUUGAAUCACGUGCUAGAGCUGUGGAUCUUAUGACUCAUAAUUACUAUGAACUUCUCUAUGCCUUUCACAUCUAUCGCCACAAUUACCGCAAGGUGCGGAACCAUUUUCAUUGCAGAUGCAUCAAACUGCAGUUUGGAGGAGAGGCAGCACAAGCAGAAGCCUGGGCCUGGCUUGCAGCCAAUCAGCUCUCAUCUGUCAUCACUACUAAGGAAUCUAGUGCUACAGAUGAAGCAUGGCGACUAUUAUCAACUUACCUGGAAAGAUACAAAGUUCAGAAUAACUUGUAUCACCACUGUGUAAUCAACAAGCUCUUGUCUCAUGGAGUGCCUCUGCCUAAUUGGCUUAUAAACAGUUACAAGAAAGUUGAUGCCGCUGAGUUGCUUCGUCUGUACUUAAACUAUGACCUUUUAGAAGAAGCUGUGGAUUUGGUGUCAGAAUAUGUGGAUGCUGUACUGGGGAAGGGACAUCAGUACUUUGGAAUUGAGCUGUCCCAGAAAAUACUUGACAAAUUGGAAGACUACCAGCAAAAAGUUGAUAAGGCAACACGAGAUUUAUUGUAUCGUCGGAACUUGUGAUCCAGAUGUUACCUAGCCUUUGUAACCGCUUGGUGCCUCCUAGGGCUUAAGACUACCCUACGGGAACACUGUAUUCCAGGCCAAUUUUUACAGCUGUACAUGACGUACACAACAUUGAAGUCUGCGUUCUGCCCAAGUCGGGAGGGCUGAAGAGUCCAAGGACAGAGGACCCUGUGCUUGCUGGUGGUGCUAACACAAUUUCUGGUUUUCAACCUUCGUCUCAAAUAGCUGCUUUUGUAUAUGAUUCACAAGCUUUUUUAGAGUUUAUAUUUUUUUAAACUACCGAAGACAUUCUUUAUCUGCAGAUUAAAACCCGUCUCCACUUUGCAAAAUAACCAGCAGUGGUUGGUGUGGUGUAGCUGACCACCAAAAACAGUCACUGCGGAUCUUUUAAUUCCACCCUGUCACUUUUUGUAUUUCAAUGGAAUUAUUUUGGUCCAGAACUGACAUGUAUUUUCUGUAUUGCAAACAGAGGCUAGUGAUUUUGCAUACUCUUUUCAUUAUUUAUUGUGGAGUUUUUGUAUGAUCUUCAAUAAAGUAUUAAAUAGUUUGCCUAGAUUAUGCAUAAAAUGAUGACCAGCUAUUUAAAGAAGAUGUCUUAUUUUGAAUCUGGUUCUGAGGCUAAAGUUCAGCAAACUCUUAGCUAAGAAAAAAUUGGAAAUCCAUCAUCUGUAAAAGCAACAGAUUUUUAAAGUAAAUUCUGAUAAUUUCUAUGAUUUAUGAUAAUCAAGCCGGACUUGAUCAGACAGGUAGUCUAAUAAUGUAUUGGACCAAAAUAUAAACUUUAUUGAUCAGAUUCAGAAGCAUUCAUGCCACAUAUUUUGGGGAAAGUGAAAAAUAAUAAAAUCUUUGUGGAUUUUAAUCUGUAUAUUAAAAUUUAUCUUUUCAGGAAA